UAUUAGAAAUUGAAUUUGCAAUCAACAUGUUACCUUAUCAAGCUGUUGCAAUGGACUACGCUGGUUAUCAGCGUCAACCUACACCUGGUCAUCCAGGCAGCCAUAUGACUUCUAUGGGCUCAUUAGGAAUGCCUGGUGUAGGUGCUGGUCCAUUUACACAUUCUUGGUUGGUGCCUACACAAGAUUUGUGCGCUGUGCCAUAUAAUAAAAUGUCAAAUCAGCAUCAACCUGGUAUGGGAAUGCAUGGACAACAACAACCUCUCGAACCUGGUAUUUUAGAGCUACGCAAAGAGAAAUCACGGGAUGCAGCGCGUUCGCGUCGUGGAAAGGAAAAUUAUGAAUUCUAUGAACUGGCGAAAAUGUUACCAUUACCUGCAGCAAUAACAAGCCAACUGGAUAAGGCUUCCAUAAUAAGACUGACAAUAAGCUAUUUAAAAUUAAGAGACUUCUCUGGGCAUGGCGAUCCACCAUGGACACGUGAAGCCUCCAGCAGCAGCAAAUUAAAAAGUGCAGCAAUAAGACGUAGUCCCGCCGUUGAUCUCUUUGAACAACAUCAGGGUACCCACAUAUUACAAUCACUUGACGGUUUCGCUUUGGCUGUUGCUGCUGAUGGGCGUUUCCUAUAUAUAUCGGAAACAGUUUCUAUAUAUCUUGGUCUAUCGCAAGUUGAAAUGACUGGCAGCAGCAUAUUUGAUUAUAUACAUCAGAGUGAUCAUGCUGAAAUUGCUGAGCAAUUAGGUUUAAGUCUAUCCACCGGUGGUGUAACAGGUAAUGGCAGUGGUACGGGGCUAGCCUCACCUACAUCUGGCGCUUCUGAUGAUGGCGCUGGUACGCACGGUACAAAUAAUCCAGAUGUUUCCUCACAAAUGACUGUUUCAUCUACAAGCGGUUACAAGGGCUACGAACGUUCAUUUUGUAUACGAAUGAAGUCGACACUAACAAAACGAGGCUGCCAUUUCAAAUCUUCCGGUUACAGGGUUGUUCUGCUACUAUGUAAAUUACGUCCGCAAUAUACGUUUUCGCAUACGAGGAAAUCCCAGCCGCCCCUACUUGGUAUGGUGGCGCUGGCCAUUGCACUGCCGCCGCCGUCUGUGCAUGAAAUUAGAUUGGAAUGCGACAUGUUCGUAACGAGAAUUAAUUUCGAUUUCCGAAUAGCGCAUUGUGAACCAAAAGUAUCAGACUUACUGGAUUAUAAUCCCGAAGAUUUAGUUAACAAAAGUUUGUACUCGCUGUGUCAUGCCGAGGAUGCUAAUCGUUUAAGGAAGAGCCAUAUGGACUUAAUUGAAAAGGGUCAAGUACUUACUGGCUACUAUCGUAUGAUGAACAAAAAUGGUGGCUAUACGUGGCUACAAAGUUGUGCUACAGUAGUUUGCAGCACAAAAAAUGCAGAUGAACAGAACAUUAUAUGUGUUAAUUAUGUUAUAAGCAAUCGUGAAAAUGAAAAUCUCAUACUUGACUGUUGUCAAUUAGAACCCAGUGUUGACUGCAUUAAACAUGAAGAAUUGGGAAAUGACAAAGGUUCUGGUUCACCCGGUGGUGAUCCUACAGCAGAAGGCCAUCCAAGCUUGAGUGGUGAUGGCAAGAACUCUACACUGAAAGCAGAUGGAGAUGGACAUCAACAACGUACACGUGGCCGAAAUGCAAAUUCAAGCUCAAAUCCUAACCCGAAUAAUUUAAAUUUAAUAAAAGAUAAUUCUAAUGGUUUAGGUGUAGAAGUCGAUGCUAACACCAAUGUUUUACCCACCACUGUAACGGCACAAGUUGCUGUACCUACAACAACAAAACGUAAGCGAAAGAGUAAAACCGCCAUACAAGCCGAUGAAAGCGGUGACCAUGCGGUUGUUGCAGUAAACGCAAAUGCCACGGAACCGAUGACAAAAGUGGUAGCACUCGAACGUGAUACGCCACGCAGUCGUUUGCCAUCAAUUGUGGAUGAAUCACAACAACAACAACAAAUUGUAGUACAACAACAGCAGCAUGCUGAAACUUCAGUCAAAGAUUUAGAAAAUGCUAUGUCAAAGCAUUUACCCUCACCGAACGGUAAUACGAAUAUGCCAACAACCACCGAUUUUAGUGCAGAUGCUUUGCUAAAACAACAACAACAGCAACAACAGCAACAUCAACAGCAACAGCAGAAUGAGAAAAGUAGUACUAUACAAUGGAUCGGAACCCCACACUAUCAGCAACCAGUGCCCAUGCCUGCAACUGCACUACUACGUCAAAUUUACGCUAAACGUGAAAGUGUCAUACGUGCACCUACCGGCGUCUUUUAUGGUGAUCAACAAACAGGACCAUUACCCACGCCACCAGGUAGUGAAUCAUCAUAUGAUAACCAAUACCUACAGUUACAUUCACAUACACAAAAGAGCUCAACAGAUGCUUUUACGAAUUUGGUAUCUACCUACGGUGGUUACCAUAGUUCAAUAGAUUAUCAUAAUGCCAUGACACCACCAAGUUCCGUAUCACCACGCGACUCUAGUAAUGCGCUUAAUGUUAGCAAACUUCCCACACAUACAUCUAAUGGCUAUGAUUUUGUCGAUCCGCUACGUGCACAGUAUAGCACACCAACCAGUAAUGAUGGCAAUGUAACACCUGCGUUACCAGUCAAACCACAAGCAUACACAGCAAUGCAUCACCCACAUACAAGCACCACAACUGAUGGUGGAGUUACCUAUAGCAAUUUAGAUCAACCACAAUACUUUGCGCCACACUCAAGCUUCCACUUAUAUCACAAGGGUGCACCGGCAAGCGGUUGGUACUCCACGCCUUCAUAGGUCGACCUACAAGACUGCCAACAUCAUAAUCAACAGCAACAUAAUCACCAACAAAUGCAACACCAUCAACAUCAAGAACAACAGCAACAUAUGCAACUACAACAACCACAGCUACCAUCUAGAGAAAGCUGGGAUAUAGUUGGUGCUCUCGGAAAAGUGGCUAGAAUGUUCUUCAAUGCAAGGAAAAGCAACUGAGUUCAAAAGACUGAAGUAGGACAGUAAAAGAAAGCAUACGUAGUGAAAAAAAAACUCAACACCAAAAAAGAAAAUGAAAACCUUUGCUUUAAUUUAUUCUGUUAGUACCACGGUGCUCUCCUAGGACUUUCCAACACUCAAUAACAGCAUUAGAAUAAAUUUCUCAUAAAAGCUAAAAUGAUACAGACUAAUCCCUAUAUUAACAGAACAUCAUUGCAUUAAUUCGCCAGUAAAGACAAUAAAAAUAUAUAAAAACAGUGGAAUUGUACUGAGCAUAGCGGAAAGCUGAACAAAUUCUCAUUAAAAGUUAAUGACAAGAAGAAAAGAAGUGCCAAAACGGAUGCCAAGGAUUACAAAUGACAUCUUCUGCUUCAUUAUGCACACAUAAAAUACAAGCAACAAAUUCUUUGCCCCCCGCCCAACUACACAACAACAAAAUCGUCUGCCAUUAACUCUGAUGAACCACAAAAUGGAAUGGUGUAAUUUUCUAGACGAGCAAAUUAUGAAUGUGCCAUGUACCAUUGAAGCGGUAGGGAGAAGAGAGAGAAAGUUUGUCAUUUAUUAAGACAUUAGAGCGCAGACACAAAUCAAAUGCGAUUAAUACUGUGUUCCUUGCAAUUUAUGCCAACUUCGCCUGUUGCUGUUACUAUUACCUCUAGUAUUACUGUUGUCUGUCCUAUUGAUACGGGGAGUUGUGGGGUUUCACAAAUAAUUGUAGACAGGAAGGCGUUUAAUCCAAUUACAGUAAAGUUAUCGUCGAUUUACGUGUACAUGUGAAUUUGCGUGUGUGUGUUUAUGACGAUUUGUGUGAAUGUACAUAAGUGUUCGUAUGCGGACAUCUGUCAAAUUGUCAAUUAAUGGCGGCACUAAUAAUGUUGUUUAAUUUGACAUUUGACAUUUGUCAAUUUUAUGUAAU